AUGCGCUUCACCAUCUUCACCGUCGUCGCCGCUGGCGCUUCUCUCUCUGCUGCCCAGGACUACGGCCUGCCUUCGACCACCACCCUGACCUCUACCACCACCAAGGUCCUCACUCUCACCCAGUGCAACCCUACUGUGUCCGACUGCCCUUACCGCACCACCACCUCGACCGAGGUUCUGGUUGAGACUUCUACUGCUCAGGUUGAGACUACUUCUGAGGCCGAGACCACUUCGUCCGAGGUUGAGACUUCGACCUCUGUCUACGUCCCCCCUACCACCACCUCGAUCGAGAUCCCCGUUGUCAACACCACCACUUCCACUUCCACCUCUAGCACCAGCACCAAGAAGGUCCCCAGUGUGAAGACGACCUUCUACCCUGCCGGCAACACCACCACCAAGGCUGGCCCUACUGCUCCCGUCACCCGCACCACCAAGCUCAACGUUCCUGGCACCAACGUGCCCGAGAACCCUGAGAACCCUACCGUCCCCAGCGGUGGCUCUCCUUCUGAGUCUGCUCCUGUCACCGUCCCCACUGCCGCUGCCAACGGCCUUGUUGCCUCGUCUGGCUUCCUCGGUGCCGCUCUUGUGGCUGCUUUCGUCGCCCUCUACUAG